AUGGCUAAGGUGAAAAUCUGUACCUACAAUGCAUGCACACUUGUAUCUGAAUCCUCGAUAGAAGACUUGAUUAUGCGAGCAAGAAGGACAAGGUACGGUGCCAUCAGAUUGGCUGAGAUGGGAAGGCGCCGCGCAAUCAACACCGUUUGUAAUAUUGGAGAAGUGUUCCUCGGAACAUGCGACAGUAGGGGAAUCAGUGGCAUCGGCGUUCUCGUUAACAUGAGUUUGGCCGUCAACAUCAACUAA